GCAAACAUUUAAAAACAAUCAGUCGAUCGCCGGUGUUUGUAAUUUAUAAUUUUAUUAACAUUAUCUGUUAGCUUAUAUUGUAUAUUAGAUAAACGAAGAGUAGCAUUAGUUAGAGUUUAUAUUCAUAGUGUUCGGAAAAAAAUUUAUGUUUAAAUUAAUUUAAUUUGCUAAUACAAAGGUUACUAGAUAGUCCUUUUGUUAUUUUAAAUUUUUUUGGCGAUGGAUCCCAACGCGGAUUCAGUGCUUACAAUUGAGGAUUUCAACGCCUGCUGCCGUUUGUGUUUCAGUCGCAAUCGAGUGCUUGAAAAUUUGUUCACAUCCUCCCAGUCCGGCAUAUUGGAAAAGAUUCAGAAUUGCUUGGACAUUUCGAUCGUCCCGGAGGAUUCUCCAGCAACUUCAGUUUGCCAACGAUGCUUAAUGCUGGUUGAGCAAUUUCACAAUUAUCGCCAAAUAUGUCAGACGUACGAUCAAAUAUUCCAAAGCAUUUUGAAGAAAUCCCACUCGGUUCUCGGUGAGAACAGUAGGGAGACUGACGAUUUUACGAGAAAGAUUAAAAUUGAGCCGGUUGAUCCCGCUGAUCGAAUAGAACAAGAACCAUUGGAAAUUUGUCAGGAAAACAUCAAGGAAGAACCGUGUUCGAAUGAUACCGUUGCAGAGGCAACAGAUCAGGACGAAGAUAUAGAAGCGGUAGACGCAUCGCUAUGUGACAUGGGUGUUGGUUCGAGUGCUUCUUCAUCUAAGAAAAGAAAAGGAAGGAAGAGAACCGUCAGAGGCGGUAUAACGGUUCGAAUGGUAAUCGACAAUAAUCAAAUGAACUGCCACAGAAUAUACGCAAAUGGUUGUAUGCAAUGGAUCUGUUGUAAAUCCGAUUGUCUCGUGAUAUAUCAGAGCAUGCCUGAUGGGACGUUCGAACUGCGUUCGAAUAAGCGGCAUAAUCACGAAGCGCAAAUCAAGUCUAUAGGGUUGAUUCAAGUUUUGAAAAGUGGACGCAAGGAACGGUACGCGUUGGCUUCAUCUGAUGUUGAAAGUGUUGAUCUUAAAUUGAUAUGGAAUGAACAUGAGUGGAAUGUAUCGCCUUUAAGCAAAACGGGAGAUAGAACUGGGGUUUGUGCGGAAUCGACGAAAUGUCGCCGUUAUGUCAAAAUUAUUGGAAACUUUGACCAGUUGGAAGACUUCGGAGAGCAUAAUCAUCCGAAGAAUUUUUGUCUUAUAAGGUCUGAGGAGGCUCCGACGGAAACGGACAUAAAUCUUUGGGAGUUGUUUUGUCAGAUCGAUCCAUGCCAUCUAUCGCUGUCUUGCGAAAUGGAACUUCCAAUUCGGUUGAAACUGUUUUAUCGGGGGAACCAGUACCGACUGGCCGAGUGCUUCUGGGAUGGAUCCAGUAAGUGGCGCUGUGAUACGGUAUCUUGUCAAAUUCUACUGAGCUAUAGUAAAUUUGGGGUAAUAGCCGUGAAAGAGCAUCCCCACGAGGCACCGAUCGAACGGCAGGGUGUGUUGAAUGGAAUAUACUAUUGUGUGAUGGCGACGAAUAUUGGACUGAAACGGAUAUUCUACAAUGCGCAUAGCUUCGGAAGUAGAAGUUCCGGAAAGUGGAUUUGCGCUGUGCCAAAUUGUCAUGCAAGGUUACUCGUAGGGGAAAACUAUGAAUCGUUUAAGAUGAAGGGAACGCACAUUCACGGAGGUUUCGGCGCAAUCAUUCAGCCGUUGUACAAAGAAGCUAUCUACUUAUCGGCUAAAAAUCCUACCCUGCCGGCACCUGUAACCAUAGAAGAUUUGAACGACAUAUUACCAGCAUCAGUUACUUCUGUCGUACCAUCCAGUUCGGCAGUUGUCAAAGCAGCCCCAAAAGAAGCGAAAGUUUCAAAGGAAAUCAAAACUCAAAGCAACCAUUGUCUUGAGUCGCAAUCGGAUGAGUCGGAAAUCACCACGGUUAUUCGGAUGGUUUACGAUGGUCAUCGGUACACGUUUUGUGAGUUCUUCGGCGAUGGUACGUCCUAUUGGCGCUGUUGGGGCCAACGUUGUAAGAAAUCAAUUCACAUGUCUCCAACCGGAUCGCUCUAUUCAAAGAAUGAAGUAAGCGAACACAAUCAUUUGCCAACGGUAUCUCGAAUAGGGCAGAGGCCACGUGACCAUGGCGAACAUUUUGAUUGGUUUGCGGUGUUUGAGGAUGCCACGAAAAAUACGAUCAUGAUGUAUAAGAAUACUCUUUGGGAGUUGGUGCUCGGAGAGGGGAUUUACAUUGCCACGUGUAAGGAUUUUGGAAGUGUAGGAUCAGAUCGGAUUCCAUGCACUGCAAAGAUGCGAAUAUCAACGGAUUUCAGCCAUUUCGAACAAUUGGGUGAAUGUCUCGAGCAUAUUGAGAAAAUAUUGAUAGUUAGAAGUGCUGCGGAAGUUGUUGCUGGUGAUCCCAUGCUGUGGAAAAUGUAUCAGGAGAAAAACCCACUGUAUCUUAGCGAUGGAAGGCUUUUUUGUGAGGGACGGAAUUCGCAUCUUUUCAUUGGUGGCUAUCGGUAUACCCUACAGAGUUUGUUGUGGAAUGGCAGUUCUGUUUGGCGCUGUGCUUUGCAAUUUUGCACAGCCAAGGGACGAAUUACGUCUCGUGGUUACUUCCAAACGGCGGAGCAUAAACACGAGAAACCGGAGCACAUGCAAGGUACAAUUUGGAAUCAGAAACGCCAAAAAGAAGAACGAUACAUCAUUUCAAUAACCUUGAAAAAGACGAUGGCUACAAUGUAUUACAACACCUAUUGUUAUGCCCUGAGGGACACCGAGCGAAAUGUUUGGAGCUGUUAUCCAGGAUUAUGCAAUGCCUCGCUCCGAAUCGAGGGAGAUUUUCAGCGGGUUGUCGACGAAAUGGAACACACACAUGAUGGGACGCUGACGUUCUUUCGAAAGGAUGAAACUCCCGAAAGUCAGGAAACCAUCCCGCCAACGAAAGGUCGAUCGUCUAGGAAACGACCCAGGGAAGCCGCAGAACAACAUGUUACUCCGAAGCUACCUCGUCACCAAGCCGAACCGUUGAUCAUAUCCACCUCCAGUCCAAAGCUGGAAGGCAUACGGCAGAUUUUGGUAAAACCAACCCCAAUCAAGUCGGAUGUCAGGUACCAGCAAAAUCAAAUCGUUCGCUAUCACAACGGUUUCACGUACAGUCGAUCGUCGAUGCAAGCGGACGGAAGCAUAAAACUGGAAUGUAAUAAAUUUCGUUGUCCCGGGAAAGUAAUUCUAUAUCCGGAUCAGUCAGUUGUUCCGAAAGAAGAUCACUCGCACUCGAAAAGUUUCGACACUUACGGAACAAUUUGUGACGUUAUAACGGGUGAAAAUUUGACCUACAUUCUGGUCAAUGGAACGCAGAAACGCAAUGUGACCUACUUUGUGUGUAAUGGAUUCCGGUAUCAUAUUCUGACGAGGUCACAAAACUUGGCCACUGAAUCAGAGUGGCAAUGUGGAAAAUGUGAGGUGAAAAUAUCGAUUAGUAAUUUCUUCAAACGUAUUGAGUUUAGCUCCUCCCACACCCAUGAAGAAACCGAUUUUAUUAUUCCUCCCGAAAGCAAUGAAUCAUAUACUGACGGAAGUAGGCAGAUCACUGGAGGUGUAAAGCAAUUGGACGAAGUUGUUUGGGGUAGCCAUCGGUACACCACCCCCAUCUACAUAAGACGGUUGAACAGGACAAAGUGGAUGUGCUUCAAGCGCAAGCGCUGUCGAGCAUAUUUGUAUCAGAAUACGGACGGAAGUUUCGAGGAUAUGGAACCACAUAACCACGAGGGACCGGUUGAAAUAGUCGGCGAAGCUCGGUAUGAUGAUUUGUUGAAGAUUAAAGACCGAUAUGCUAUUUUGAAACCAGGCGAAAGACCAAAGGUACGGCAGCUUUUAUUCCAAAAUCACAAGUAUUACGACACUGUGAAAGGUUGGGUAUGCAUUAGGAAGUCCUGUAAUGGAAAGAUUCAAGCAAACACUGAUUUUGACAAAUUGCAAAUCCUCCAAGGUCAUUCUCACCAACCAAUCAUCACAAUGAUUAAAUUCCAAGAGGAAAUCCAAAGCUGUUCGGUUUUACCCCAGUAA